UGUGCGAGCCGCCGCGCGGAAGGAGCCGCUCCGCCUCUGACAGAGACGCUCCCCCCACCGCCCGCCCGCCCUCACCUCGAGCUGGCGCUGCCUCCCCGCGCUGCCGGCGCUGCCGCCUCGCCCGCCGCUCGCUCGCCCGCCCGCCACCGCGCCCCGCCGCCGUCCCCUUGCUGCCGGGCCCCGCCGAGGGGCAGACGGGCAGCCCUCGCCCCCGCCGCCCUGCUGCGGCUGCCGCGCCCCUCGCCCCCCGCCGCAGGGAAGGGGCAGCGGUGACUGCCAGACGGGAGGAGAGCAGAGGAAAGGAGCCGCCGCCGGCUUGGGCAGCGCGCUGCGGUUGGGUCUCGGGGGAUGGACUGGGCUUCGCCCUCUGUCUCAGCCUGCCCGCGGAAAGGAGGGCGGUGACCGGCUGCCCAACCCGCCGGGGAGGAGAGACACCCCCGCCUGCGCCGCGGGGCCGGCACGACCCUGCUUACGCCCGGUUAAAUGUCACGGCUCCCCGGUUGCUCCCCGCCGCAGUCCCGCGCGUCGCUCACCUCGGGAGAGAGCUGUGAAGGUGGCGGCAGAGCCAGUCCCGGCUGCGGCGCGCCCCGCCGCCGCUCGCCGUGAGGGAGCGCCCAGGCAGGCGCCAGUGAGCGAGUAGUGGAGCUGGAAAACUUGGUAGCAAACUCUUUGUCUUUCCUGUUUCUAUCUAUGGAGCCUGGAUUUUGCAAGCUGUAUUAGCUGCUUUAAAGCAAGUACCUGUUCUUGAGAUGACCUUGCUUCAUUAACAUCUGUGAUCUGUAACAAGAUACAGUAUUACAACUGUUGAUAUGAAGAUAAACAGUCUGAAGGAGGGAGGUAAUAGAAGACUAUCACCACAAGUGUGAGCAAUGAGCAGUUUCAACCUGGUGCAGUGAUCAUCUCCAGGAAUUGAACCCACUAAGUUUUAAGGCCUGUGACAGAGGGUUAGACCCAAUCAGUGGAGUCAUGCAUCACACAGCUGUAUCACGCUGGCAGCCAUUCCUGGGUCUGGCUAUGCUGCUAAUUUUCAUGAGCCCCACCACAGGCUGCCCAGCCCGCUGUGAAUGCUCAGCACAGAACAAGUCCGUCAGCUGUCACCGAAGGCGUCUGAUGGCCAUCCCAGAGGGCAUUCCCAUUGAGACCAAAAUCUUGGAUCUCAGCAAGAACCGACUGAAGAACGUCAACCCUGAGGAAUUCACAUCAUACCCUUUGCUGGAGGAGAUCGACCUCAGUGACAAUGUAGUCGCCAAUGUGGAGCCUGGAGCCUUUAACAAUCUCUUCAACUUGCGCUCCCUAAGGCUGAAAGGAAACCGUCUGAAGCUGGUCCCCCUUGGGGUGUUCACUGGGUUGUCAAACUUAACAAAGCUCGAUAUAAGUGAAAACAAGAUUGUCAUUUUGCUGGACUACAUGUUCCAAGAUCUGCAUAACCUAAAAUCCCUGGAGGUUGGGGACAAUGAUUUGGUUUAUAUAUCACACAGGGCCUUUAGCGGACUGCUUAGCCUGGAGCAGCUCACCCUGGAGAGAUGCAACCUCACAGCUGUACCAACAGAAGCUCUUUCUCACCUCCACAACCUCAUCAGUCUGCGUCUGAAACAUCUCAUCAUUAACGGUUUGCCUGCAUAUGCCUUUAAAAGACUGUUUCGUCUGAAAGAUCUAGAGAUAGACUCCUGGCCCCUCCUGGACAUGCUCCCUGCCAACAGUCUGUAUGGUCUCAACCUUACUUCCCUCUCCAUCACCAACACCAACCUGUCUGCAGUACCUUAUUCUGCUUUUAAACAUCUGGUUUACCUGACCAAUCUAAACCUCUCUCACAACCCUAUCAGCACCAUUGAAGCAGGCAUGCUUUCAGAUUUAGUGCGUCUCCAGGAAUUCCACAUGGUGGGGGCCCAGCUACGUACCAUUGAACCACACGCUUUCCAAGGGCUCCGAUUCUUACGCGUACUUAAUGUGUCCCAAAACCUGCUAGAAACCCUAGAAGAGAAUGUGUUCCAUUCCUCCAAAAGCCUUGAGGUCCUCUGCAUUAACAACAAUCCUCUGUCCUGUGACUGCCGUCUGCUUUGGAUUUUACAGAGGCAACCCACUUUGCAGUUUGGAGGCCAGCCGCCAAUGUGUGCUGGCCCAGACAGUGUCAAAGAGAGAUCAUUUAAAGACUUUCACAGUACAGCUCUUUCCUUUUAUUUCACCUGUAAGAAGCCCAAGAUACAAGACAAGAAGUUGCAAUACCUGGUAGUGGAGGAAGGGCAGACGGUGCAGUUGAUGUGCAAUGCUGACGGGGAUCCGCAGCCUACCAUAUCCUGGGUUACCCCACGCCGGAGGCUGAUCACAACUAAAUCAAAUGGAAGAGCCACUGUGCUGGGAGAUGGCACCCUGGAGAUCCGAUUUGCUCAAGACCAGGACACUGGCAUCUAUGUUUGUAUUGCAAGUAACGCAGCUGGGAACGACACAUAUUCGGCCUCCCUUACGGUAAAGGGAUUUACUUCUGACCGUUUCCUUUACGCCAACAGAACCCCGAUGUAUAUGACAGACUCCAACGACACAAGUUCCAAUGGAACUAAUGUGAACACGUUCUCUCUGGACCUUAAGACAAUCUUGGUGUCCACAGCUAUGGGCUGUUUCACAUUCCUUGGAGUGGUUUUAUUUUGUUUCCUCCUUCUUUUUGUGUGGAGCCGAGGGAAAGGCAAACACAAAACCAGCAUUGACCUUGAAUAUGUCCCUCGCAAAAACAAUGGUGCUGUGGUUGAAGGGGAGGUUGCUGGACCACGAAGGUUCAAUAUGAAAAUGAUUUGAUGGUAUUCUGCUAGCAGUGCUUUUUCUGUGGCAUUAAAACCAAUUAAACCAGCCUGGCACGUGGAAUUGCUAGGCAAAAACAGCUUAAUGCAGCUGUCACUGUAUCAAAAAGUUACAUGAAAAUGGAAAGACUAUUUGUGGUUAUACAGCAGAGCCUCCAAACCUUGAGGCAGAUAUGUCAGGGCCUUUCAUAGAACUGGUAAAUUGUACUAACUGUUUGCGUUGCAAAUAUUGGCAUUCUGGGGAUAUCAGCAAUGAACCGCUGGCUCAUGCUCAUGGACAAUUGUUCAACAUUUUCUACCACUACAAAAAGAAAAAGAAAAAAAGCCUACAGUGUAGGAUUUACAUACUUAAAGAAAAAGACACAUUUGUCUAAAACGUACUCUACAGUGAAAUUUGUAUCUAUAGAUCUCAUUUGGUAAAACCUUGCAUCAUCCCUUCUAGUUGGUUCAACACCACAAAAAAUUGGUAGGUUUUUUUUUUUUAAUCUACAUCAAUACUGUGUACAUUUUAAAGCAAUACAAAUGAGAGGUUAUGCUUUUAGAUAUCCACCAAUACUGACCCAAGUGUGAUGUCACCUUCCUUUUAACUACCAUCUAACCCAAAUUAGACUCUUGUAGUUACCAAUUAGAAAUAACAUAAGAUAUUUUUCUCCUCAUGCAGAAGGCCAGAGAUGAAUAGUUGAGAGCAAAAAUGCUCAGCUCUGUUGAUCUUCUCUUCAUAUAAAUAUAAGGCACGUGCCUAGUUUUGAUACAGAAUGGAAUAUUUUUUAUAUCUGUGAUAUCACACUGGACCAGUUUACUGUAACAUAGCCCUGGAUCUCACCCAGGGAAGGCAACCCACUAGACAUUGCUGGCAUAGAGGAGUUGAGUUCUACCUUGAAGAGAGCGAGCUGGUUUUGUUAGCCCUGAUUUUAAUUUCAAAACUACUGUUGAAAUGUUAAUAUGUACUGGGCAAGAAGAAAGAACGUGAUACAUUCUACAUACUCCUUGGGAAAUAUGGUCAUCUUACUAUUUAUACAAGUGUGAAUUAAAACAUGCAAACGCUCUGCUUCUAGGAAUGAACUCUUCUCCAAUGCCAAGUAAACUAUGGUUGUCCAUGCAUAAUAUGGGGAUUAUAAUACUAAAAUAAUGUUUAAAACAUGAUAGCCUCAAAAAGGCUAACAUACUGCCAGAUAUAAUGAACCUCUAGCCACUGUCAUUCUCAUCUUGUAUAUUUGUAGAUAACACAUAAAGGCAAAGCUAAUUUCCAAGAACAGAUUACUUAGCUAUUCUGGAUGCCAUUUUAAUAACUAUGUGGUUAUAUUUCUUUCAGGGGCAGUAUCUUAGAGCAAGAGGGGCAAGUUUUUUCCAGGUUUUAGGAAGCUUUUUUAACAGAGAGAAGACAGAAGUGUAACGUUAGUUCAGGACAAGUAAACUUUUUUUUAUUUAUGCCUCUAAACAAAUUCUCAAACGGCUCAGAACUGAAACUUUAUUCUUUAUCGUUGAUACCACUGUUCUAAUUUUGAAAUUAUCAGCAAUGGGAAGAUACUCACAAUUUUCCAGCAGUUAUGAGCCAUAGGUUUGUUGCUAAGUGGUUGAUAAUAGAUACAAUUUAUAAAUGAUUGGCAUAACCUGGAGUAAGGAUAAUAAUGACUAUGUAAGUUUUUAGCUAAAAUGAAUAUAAAAAUAUGAUAAGACCGAACAUUGAGAUUAAUGUGAUUUAAGACUCUGUGUCCAAUCGUAAAAUAAGAUUUCAGCACUUUGAAACCAAAGUCAGGCUGACCUACAAUGGGAUGCAGGUGCUUCUAAAAUUAGUAUCCACAACCUUUGGCAGAGAUUUUCUAAGCAGGAUAAAAAUCUCCCACUCCUAUCAAGGGAAAUGUGCCAAAAGUUGUAAAAUCCAGCUGCAUUCCCUAGGUGUUCCCCUAACAUAGCUGUAGAACCCAAGGCUAGGCAGUUUUUGAGAAUCUCUUUUCUUAGUGGUUGAUCUUUGGUUGCAUCAUUGCUCCAUUUUAGGUCACCAAACUGAGGGGCAUGCAAGGAUUGUGAGAAUUUUCUUCACUUUAGUUGGUUUUAAGUUUAGAGUUGGGUUUUCUUGCUUCUUUUUUUAUGCUCUGAACUAGAUAGUUGGAGAUUUAUGGAGAUGCUUGAGAGUAAACCUCUUUGUUCUAUGACAGUUUGUAGAACAUGAAUAAAAUGGAAUAACCCCUGACUAAAUUCUAACACCAGGGAAAUUAUUUUUGCUGAUAUAAUAACCACCGCACUGAAGUCCAAAACUCUACUGUACCUUAAUGCGGGCAGUUAAAGAAACAAAUGGGGAUAAAAAAAAAAAGUGUUUCUGAACUGCCCAUUGAAGACAUUUGCAUGUGCCUUUCCCUUGUAAUUGUCAUUUUUUCAACUAGUAAUCUAUUGCCCCUGCAGUCAUUUCAUGUUAAAUGUUAAAAUCAAUGUUGGAAGCAAAAAUUCUCCUAAAUUCUAGACAGUUGCAAAUGAUUGCUUCAUAUUAAAUGACACAAUAAAAAAAAAAAUCUCAAAAACCCUAGAAAAAUGUGCUUUUAGGAUUAAUUAUGAAUUGCUGAAUUCCCCUAUCCCCUUAGAAUGACUCUAAAAAGUGAUUGCAUUUUUAGUGCACUGCAAGGAUUUCUGAGCAGUAAUGUGCUUAGUUACCUAUGUGAAAUGUGUGCUGGUGAUGAAAAUCACUGCUUGCUCUUGCUGAGCACCAUCUUGCAGAGCUGUCAGUGUUGUGUGUAUCGCUUUGAGUUCAGUCAGUAUUCAGUUUUGAAGAAUCAGUGUUUGCUCCCUGCCUCUGGCAAUGUUCUACUUUUUGCAGCCUAGUUAUUUCAUUGUGGACUUGGCAAGGCAUAUGGCAUCUCUUAGCAGAAGUGAGGACAGCAAGACUCAGAGACAAGUUUUUAUCUUGCUCCACAGUCUUAUGUAUUUGUAUGUAUUCGUGGGACACACACUCACUGUGGCUGUUUUGAGUGAAUAAGGAAUACAGUGUCAGGGUCAGACCUAGAUAAGUAUCUUUUUAGCAAUUCUUUUAAGAACAGAGUGGCUGCCUCUUGAAGGAGUCCCUUCUCCUCUCUGCUAGAGACCAAGGAGGCACCACAGUUUAUCUUACAGCAGGGGAGAAAAAGGACUAGGCUCUGAGGAGGCAUCUGACCCACAUGGCUCUCCUCUUAUAUGUUCAGAAACAGGUGGACAGUGCAUACCUGCCACUAAAAGAGCGAAUUAAGGUUUUUCCCCUACCUCUGACUUUUAUACUGCCUGCCCCCCAUGCUGGCAGUCAAUACAACAAGAUCCUGAGGCAUAACAAUAGUUCUGCAGAAAAGGAGAAAACUGAAAAUGUCAACAACAGCAGAGGAACUUGACAAAGCAGGUACCACAGUAUCCUUGUCAAUAAUCCUCUAAGAGCAGUGCUGAGCCUCCCACAAAUACGGUUUGAAAUCCACUUCCACAGACCAGUACUCCUCUUUCAUAAUGGAUGGAUGUACAAGUGCUGACUUCCCACAAUUGAGUUAAAGAGGACACUGCAGCAAUGUAUUAAGAAAAGAGUUUGCAAUGAUAUAAGGACAGAUUAAGACUAAGUGGCACCCACAGUUUAAGAUUAAGCAGUGCCUCACCUCAGACUUAUUUCUACAUUUUUAACUGGGUUUUUUUUUCCCUUCUUCCUUUCUUAUUAACUUGGCAGCAUUCUUCUCAGAAAUGGUUCGUCCACAACAUCACCUCAGUUGGAUUCAGACUAGGAGACUGCUUUUACCCUCUGUUCCCCAGUCCUUCACCAUUCACACAUGCUCCCAGUGGCAACAGGGUCAACAGCCCCAUAUACAACUGGAAUCAGCCAGGAGACUCUGAGACCCUAGAAAACUGUUGAUGCAAGCUGAUGUCACUAGAUUGGGGUUGUUUGUAGUUGGUGUUUGGGGGUUUUUUUUAAUUAAUUUGAUGUCAUUGUCACACUGUCAUUCAAGGUUUCUUUUAUUGACAAGAAUGGCAGCUAUCUUUUUUCCUUAUUUCUUGCAUCAUGGUAUUGCAUCACCUAUGAUGGUAAAAAUUAUACCACCAUAAAGAAAAUUAAGAAAAAAAGCCACAUUACACUCUCAACACCACAAAUUGUAGUUGAAGGAUAAGACACAGUAAGAAAUAAGCACUAGUAUUUAACAGAAAGUCUUAUGUAAACCUUGUGAUAGAAGAAAAAACUGGUGUGGAGGAACUUUGGAAUGUAGGCCAUGUUGCAACUGAACCACAUCAAAGAUAAGUAGAAAUAGAUUCCUACACCAUGCUCAGAUAUCUGGUUUAGAAAUUAGACUUUUCUGGAAAAAACUUCAGUAUGUGUGAAUGCCAGAAGCCCAUGUUUAACUUAUAAAAAGUCAAAGCAUUGGCUGAAAGUCCAGAAGAAAAAUCAGCUUCUGGCUGCCCAAGGACAACAGCAGUGUCUAGCAAAGACAGCCAAGAAACUGCAGUCAUAUAGUUAUUUUGCCUCAUUUGCUACUGCAUUCCAUGAAAAAAGGGUCCAUUAGCCAUCAAUAAAAUGGGCCAUCCUUACUCAUUUUUCUUCAGAGAGGGCAACAUUUGUGUCAGUAAGCCACAGUCUGUUCCACCUCCAUCCCCAGCAAUGAAACAUCCAUCAAGAAGCAAGGAAGGGGAAGCUUAUUCUAGCCAGUUUGCUAAUUAUCUUUUUUCUCCUGAAUGAUCCUAGUGUACCUGGGGUUAGCAUGAUGACUGCGCUGUCCAUUCCCAUCCUCUCAGCUCACAAUGUGGCUUGAUGUGGAGUAGCAGGGAAAGAAGCACAUAGUCAACUCUCCUUCCUCCCUGAACUGUAACUCUGGUCUUUUCAAAUAAAAGAACCAGCACAGCUGCAGUAUCUUAGAAAUCACAGUCUGCUGCAGCUAAUCUGUAGUUUUGCCAUAAGACAACACGUGGGAAAACACUGGAUACAUACUUUCUGGCCUUGUUUUCAGUACCCUAGGUGAUUGCUCUUUGUGCUAAAAAGAACUAGGAAAGAAGAACUAAGAAAAUUUUCAUCCAGUAAUUUAAAAGUUAAUUGUGCCUGGAGGAGUUAGAGGGACAUCUUUGGAAAAGGCAAAGAGCCUGAUUGCUGGAGAAUCACUGAAACAAUGAAUGACGCUUUUAAAGUUAGAUAAGCAAUUUGGAUGCCCUAUUCCUAUCACCUGUAAUAAGAAUUACAAACUCAGUUUCCCUUUGCAGCCUCGAAGAAUCACAGCCAGUUGGUUCCAUGAUACAGACUCCCUUUGUCUGUCUCCUAGCUCUGCCCUCUUUCAUUCUCAGUUUCAAAUAACUGUGAUGCCAAAUGAAGAUCUCUGGAUUUUUUUUUAAUUUCACUGCAUUUUCACAUGGCUUUUGGAAUCUAGAUGUCAAAGCAGGAUCUUAAACCCUCUUCAAGCCAAAAAUAAAAAAGGAAGAAGAAGAGAAGAAGCUUGAAUAAACCUCCUCCUGAAAAUUAAAUAAACCAAUUUCUGUGUGGUUCUUGUUACUGAGAUAGCUGCAUGCCAAAAGUAAUCUGCAGGUUGAAUGAGUCUGAGUUUUUUAUUUUGGUUUGGUUUGGGGUUUUUUUACUAGAAGCAGGUGGUUGGAUAUAAGGCCAGCUGGAAAUAAAAAUCUAUAUUUAUAUCUGCAGCAGUAUAAGGAAAGAGCUGGCAUAGUCAAGAAAAUGUUCCAUGUUAUUUCACCUUAAAUUUAAAGAUACUUUAUCCUUCAUAUUCAAAUAGCUCAUAGAAGAGUACAAAAGAGCAGACUUUCCCCUCAUAAUUUGAUUAUUCAAACUGGUACCGAAAUUGUCAUGAAGUAGAAGUGUUGAAGCAAGAGACUGAAAACAGAUUUUCCACUCUAGUCAGGCAAUAUAAAUUAGGAGAAAUCCCCUUGACACCAUUCUGUUAUUCCUUGGUUACACUAGAAAUUUGAUAAUGGAAUCUAAGUUUUUUGCUUUCUACUAAGGGGACUAUAAGCAGAAAAUAAGCAGAACUUAUGUUUUAAUUAUUUCUCACCUUGCAGCAUACAUUCUGUUCUGGAUUGCUUUAAUAUUUAGCACUGCUAACUGAGCUGGAGAAUAUGAAAACGUAGAUUAUGGGAAGAAAAGAAAAAAAGGCAAAAGAAAAAGAAAACCUGUAACCUUAAAGAAGUCUGCCUAUUUCUUUGUGGUAUUUGCAAGACAACAACAUUAUCUCCUCACACAUAAACCAAGAGCAAUGGGUUGAAAUUUCAAGGCAGCUGUGAAGAUGGAAGUCAACUUGUACACAUACUAAUAAUUUUGAUCUUUCAGAAAACAAAAUAUUAUUGCUUCUUAAAGAAUUCAUUUAUGCCAUUUUGAUACCUAAAAGCAAAUGACACUUUGGCUUCAUUACCCUGGACACUCUAUAAGUAGGAAGUAAAUGACAACCCUUAUCUGGUGAGCUUACAGCCAUAUAGUAGGAAGUUGGCUUCUGGGCAAGUACAUGUGAUAGCAAGUCUCUCAUAGUUUGGGGAGGGAAUGCCAUAGUGCAUAUAUAUUAAAAUACUGUCACACUUACUGAAAUCUAUUUGAAGCACAUGUAUUUCAUAUGUAUAUGUUUGUGUGUGCAAAAAAAGAGUUAUAUUUGUUUUGUUCCUUUCUUACUUCAAGUAUUAAAUGUAUAUUGUUUUUAAAAGGUGACAAGGUAAACCGGAAAAAAUGUGUUGUAAUUUAUUUUAAUAUAUAUGAUCAUGGAUAUGGAUGGCAAAUUAGACAGCCUUGCUGUUAUGAUCCGUGAAGCACAUGACAAGUCGGGUUUGUCCAUAAGUUUGCUUCAUGUUUGAG